CGUCAACUCGUAUCAUCGCGGAAGUGAAUUGGGCGACGAAACUCGGACAGAAAGCCAAAUGAGUUGGAGUCUACAGUUGAUUGGUACCUGGUGAGCAUCUGUCAAUCAUCUUCAUCAUGCUGGGAGGAGGAUUCAAAGCCGAGAGGCUCCGAGUCAACCUCCGGCUCGUCAUCAACCGCCUCAAACUCCUGGAGAAAAAGAAAACUGAGCUCGCUCAGAAGUCCAGGAAGGAGAUUGCAGAUUACCUGUCGUCAGGUAAGGAUGAGCGCGCCCGGAUCCGUGUGGAGCACAUCAUCAGAGAGGACUAUCUGGUUGAAGCCAUGGAGAUCCUUGAGCUUUACUGUGACCUGUUGUUGACUCGCUUUGGCCUUAUUCAGUCCAUGAAGGAACUUGAUCCAGGUCUGCAGGAGGCAGUGUCGACGCUCAUCUGGGCAGCGCCUCGUCUCCAGUCGGAGGUUUCUGAACUGAAAACCGUAUCCGAUCAGCUGUGUGCAAAGUAUAGCAAGGAGUAUGGCAAGCUAUGCAGGACAAACCAGAUUGGCACAGUCAACGAUAGGCUCAUGCACAAACUGAGCGUGGAAGCUCCUCCCAAGAUUUUAGUCGAGCGCUACCUGAUAGAGAUCGCCAAGAACUAUAAUGUGCCCUAUGAACCCGAUGCCAUGGUCCACCCCGAGGUGUGUCCUGGAGAAGAGGCAGACCUGAUUGAUGUGAAUGUCGACAGGAAGAGUGGAGGUGGUGGAGGUUUCAGUGCUCCUCCUGCAGCUGCCAUGCCCAUGCCCAUGCCCACACCUUUCAAUUAUCCACCUCCCAAAGGAGCUGAACCUUUUAACGCUCCAGUUGGAACCUACAACAGCUUCCCACAUGCCAUGGGAGGAGGGCAGCCCCCAGAGCUGCCCAGUUGUCCCCCCACUUAUGAGUCUAUUGAUGAUUUUACUGACAAGCCUUCUGUUCCUCCCCAGGCUGUAGGCCCUACUCCAAAGCCUCGUGCAUCCUACGACAACAACGCUCUACCAGAACUUCCCUCCGUUCCCGACACACUCCCCUCAUCCUCCAUAGGUGGAAACGCCACGACCUCGGACGACAUCGACUUUGACGAUUUGACGCGACGGUUCGAGGAGCUGAAAAAGAAAACUUAAUUUUCCUACCAUGGGUCGAGUCACAGGCCUGAGUCAUGACAAAGAGCUCACAGCGGGACAUGUUUAGGGUUUGUCUUCCUUUCCCCGUAACUUGACAUCCAUUUUAAACCAACAUACAUUUUGAGCUCAUUUCUACAAACCUGAAUGGAAAAGAAAAAGUUUGAUCUAGUUUUCCUUCUCUUACAGUCAUGUGAGCCUGUUUCCUGCUUUUCAUUGAAGGUUUCUGUCUUGGGUCUUUGUGAUCAAUUACGUAAUCAAUUUCAGUUUGAUCCUUGGCUUUUCUUGGCGUUUAGGGCUUUGACUAAUAUUCACGCUACAUGCCUUGAUUGUGAUGCCGCUGAGAUCUUUGCCACUGUCAGACCUGUCCAACAAGUCCGACUGGUUUUGCUGCGCUGGAACUGGGUGUUCAUGAAGUGACGUGUCCACGCCGAGGCUUCAACCUUCAACCAGGCUUUGCUGUAAAGCUGCCGUCACCGUCACGUAGUUAGAGCCACUUCAUCACGUUGAGGGAGGAGCUACUGGAGGAAAGACCUUCAGGACAUGUUGGCUGAACUUCUUGCAGCUGCUGUCGGUGUAAAAAGUAAAGUUAGAAACCUGCUCUUUAAUACAUUUAUGAUCUUAAAGAUGCUUCUUCACUCACCUGAUUGAACUACAGUUAAAAUAAGGUGUGGUGGGGCUUGUUUUUAAUAGAUAUUAUUUUGUUGUUGUUGCCAUUUUGAAUGUUCGUUUUAUCAAAUACUUCUACUUUCUCCUGCGUGAAGUACCUUUAUUAACACUCCACUCACUUAAAACAUUUGACACAACUUUAUCUGAUUCAGGCCCAGUUUUGACUCCACAGGUGAUGAUGUAAUGUUUUUCUGUACCUGCAUCGUUUGCCUUAGCCAACGCUCAUCUGAGGCGUCAGUAAAACCAGUCGGUAAAACCAGUACACACCGGUUACAUUAGCUGGACUGACUUUCGGUUCGUUUCUCAAGUUCAAUUUGUGCGUCGGACGAUGGGUGGAUGUUUGUUUCCUGCGGAAAGAAGGAAAACGUGAGAAGGGAGGGGGUUUAGUUUGGUGCACACCUGCUGUAACGUGACCACACCCAGCUCUGCGUGCACGAGCGGCAGCCUCGACUUCAAUGAUUCAGCACUUUCCAGAGGAUCGGCUUCCACGCGCACUUUAAUAAUUAAUUCUGUGCUUUGAAAGACAAAGUGAGAUCAUUGACACUAAGCUUGCCAUCUUUUUCAUUCUGUAUCUUUAGACACAAAUUUGUGUCUUUGUUUAAAACAUUUGAGUUUUUUUAUGGUGUAUGCUAAAAUAACAAAUAAAAGACUAGAACUAGAUAA